UCAAUUAUGCAUCCACAAGAUUGGUUAACAACAAAAAAAAAUAAUGGUUGUCCACAUCGAUUUUUAGGUGCAUAUAAAUUAGAAUAUGAUAAUUCAUGGACACGACAAGCAACAGAUUUUGAUGAUGGAUUAGAUGAUCCAUUAGAUGAAUUAAAACAGAAAACUCAUGAUAUACAACAAAAUCGAAAAAUGAUUGAAUUUCUAAUUAAAUCAUAG